AUGUUGGCUGCCUCUCGUGUUUCAGCACAGGUCGCUAGACAGGCCGUUCGGGUUGCUGGUCAACGUCAAGCUGCCCUUACCGCAGUCAGACGUCGUGGAAAUGUGUCUGUUAGGUCUAUCCAGUCGGUAGCCCAGACUGAUAGGGAUACGAUAACCAGACUUUUAUACUCCAUUGGAACCAAGCGGGAGGUCGAGCGACACCUCCGCAUAUUCUCCUCUUCCUCCCACCCAUCCCAACCUGCCAAGUUCGCUGUUAUCAAGGUCGGAGGAGCUGUGUUGGAUCAAAUUGAUGAACUGGCCCUCAGUUUGAGCUUCCUGUAUCGCGUUGGGCUCUACCCUGUAGUACUCCAUGGUGCAGGACCACAGCUAAACGGCAUCAUCGAGUCUGAAGGUGUUAUUCCAGAUUAUAUUGAUGGAAUUCGUGUCACGGAUGCGAAAACCUUGCAAAUCGCCCGACGAGUCUUUCUCGAACAAAACCUAAAGCUUGUCGGUGCCCUUGAACAGCUAGGCACUCGUGCGCGCCCUAUCACCUCUGGCGUAUUCACCGCCGAUUAUCUCGACAAAGAAAAGUACAAACUUGUUGGAAAUAUCACUCGCGUUGAUAAGCGUCCUAUCGAGGCGUCCAUCAGGGCAGGCGCAUUGCCCAUUCUCACCAGCUUAGCCGAGACACCUGAUGGCCAGAUCCUGAAUGUUAACGCUGACAUUGCUGCCGGAGAACUCGCCAAGGAGCUUGAGCCCAUGAAGAUAGUCUUCCUGAAUGAGAAAGGUGGCAUGUUCCACGGCAUCACAGGCCAAAAGUUGGACGUUAUCAAUCUGGAUGAGGAGUAUGAACAACUCAUGAAGGAGCCGUGGGUCAAGUACGGCACCAAGCUCAAGUUGCGUGAAUUCAAGGAACUCCUUGACCACCUACCCCGUUCCUCGUCUGUGGCUGUCAUCUCUGCCGACAAUUUGCAGAGGGAGCUAUUCACCGACAGCGGUGCUGGUACCCUUAUCCGCCGCGGAUACCGGCUCUUCAAACACAACAGCAUCGAGAGUCUCGGCGCUGAUCGCUUCCGCCAAGUCAUUCACGAUCGUGAUCCAGAUGUGCAAUCUGGGGUCUCAAGUGUCACUAGUGUCCUCAGCGACCUCCAAAAGACGCCGUAUACCAUUUACGGCGAUGAACCCCUCGACGCAGUCGCCAUUGUCACUCACCCUGAAGGCGAAGUGCCAAUCAUGACCAAGCUUCUCGCCUCUCGCAGCGGAGUUCUCAACAAUGUCAUCGACAACGUUUUCAACGCUAUUAAGAAAGAUCAUCGCAAACUCUUCUGGACUGCGAAGGUGGACGAUGAGAACCGCUCCUGGCACUUUGAGCGCGCUGAUGGAAGCUUCACGCGUGCUGGCAAGAGCUUGUUCUGGUAUGGCGUGCAGGAUAUUGCUGAGGUACAGAGAAUUGUCAAGGGUUUCGAGGCCAAGGGCAGACUUGAAAGGGCAUACCUGCCUGUAGGACCGUCUGCUCCCCCUCAACCUGGUGCCACCAGGUCUUAUUCUACCCUUGCCCGUCGUCAAGUACCUUCCGGCUCCCGGGGGUAUGCAACUGUUGUCGCUUCGCAGCCUAUAUGUGCUGAGCCCAAGCGCCUUGCCUUGAUCGGAGCGCGCGGGUACACAGGACAGGCUCUCGUAACCCUACUUUCCAGCCAUCCUUACAUCAAUCUCACACAUGUCUCAUCUCGACAGCUAGCAGGAUACCCUCUGCAGGGAUACCCAAAGUCCUCGAUCACGCACAGCAACUUGUCUGUCGAGGACGUUGAGCAAAUGGAAAAGGACGGAGAGGUUGAUGCAUGGGUGAUGGCGCUCCCCAACGGCGUCUGCAAGCCAUUUGUUGAUGCGAUUGAUCGUGGCGCAAAGGUGCGCAGUUCCGGUGAAUCAAGUGUCAUUGUCGACUUGAGUGCGGACUACCGUUUUGAAUCCGGGUGGAAGUAUGGGUUGCCUGAGCUCUACGGGCGUGAUGGCAUCCGAAAAUCGAAGAGAAUAUCGAAUCCUGGAUGCUAUGCCACCUCCACACAGCUUCUUAUCGCGCCAUUGUUGAAGUACGUAAAGAAUGCAUGCGGGCCUACGGUGUUCGGCAUCUCUGGGUACAGCGGUGCUGGGACUGUCGCAGGCACGAGCGACGCAGAUGGCAGGCCGACGACGGUGCCCAAGGUCACACCAGAGAGCCUCGCUGGCGGUUUCCGUCCGUAUUCGCUCACAGACCACAUCCACGAGCGUGAAGCAGGCCGUCACCUAACCAAUCUGCUUGCAGAUCCCACUAACCCCAUAAAAGUUGCCUUCAUACCCUCGGUUGCGCCUUGGUUCAGCGGUAUCAUUUCAACAUUGUCUAUACCACUUAACGAGAAGGUGACUGCACGGGAUGUCAAGGCCCUCUAUGAAGAGAAGUAUGGUGGAGAGAAGUUGAUACAUGUCAAAGCGGGCGUUCCAGGAUUGUCGGACAUUGAGAAUAAGCACGGCUGGACUGUGGGAGGUUUUCAAGUCCACAGCGAAGGCGAUAGAGCUGUUGUCGUGGGUGGCUUGGACAAUCUUCUCAAGGGCGCCGCAACGCAGUGCUUGCAGAAUUUGAACCUUGCUCUCGGUUACGACGAGUAUGACGGGAUAACUGUUGAUUGA